GGGUUGAGGCGUGAGGCUCCUGGCAUUCGCUCCAGAGCCACCCUGAGCUGGUGCGGACUGCACAUCCACGGCCCUGUAUAAGCGUCCGUCAGCUGGGCUUCGUCUGGGAUUCCGGGAAGUGGACUUAAAACCAGCCGGAGGGGGCUGGACUAGAAGACCUCUGAGGCCCCUCCCAACCCAAGGGUUGUACGGCUUCCUGUCUGGCGUGGACACCUGACCGUCUCCAGGAUGGCCCGUCCGCUCUGGGGCAGCAGCCCCAUCCUUCUCCUCUGUGUUCUGGUCUUCGCCAGUGCCAAUUUGAUCCAGUUUGGACGGAUCAUUGAACACCUGACCGGACGACACCCCCUCAUCUACAACGGCUACGGCUGCUACUGCGGAUGGGGGGGCUCCCGGCAGCCGGUGGACGCUACUGACUGGUGUUGCCGCGUUCAUGACUGCUGCUACCAGGCCCUGUCGCUCCGCGGCUGCAAACCCAAGGUGGAGAAGUACUCCUACUCCGCCAGGAAGGAGGCCGUCACCUGCGGUGGGGAAACCGAAUGCCGGCGUCAAACCUGCAAGUGUGACAAAGCGGCCGCCCUCUGCUUCCGCCGCUCGGCCUUCCAGGACGAAUACGCCUCCUACCCAAACAUCUUGUGCCAAGGACCCACACCGCCCUGCAAGGGCCUCAGCCACCACUGGGCCCCCAGGAAAGGGGGCUGA